AUGUUUACUUUCACUCCGCUACUGGGCGCGCAGUCAUCGUCUUCACGAGCCUCACAGUCGAUUCUGGAGCUUGAUGGGGGCAUUAAGAUAUUGGUGGAUGUUGGCUGGGAUGAUACCUUUGACACCCGCGAUUUGGCGGAGCUCGAAAAGCAUAUUCCGACACUUUCCCUCGUUCUCCUGACCCAUGCGACCCCGGCACACAUUGGCGCUUUCGUACACUGCUGCCAAACAUUCCCUCUCUUCACCAAAAUCCCCAUUUAUGCGACAAGCCCGGUAGUUGCUCUCGGUCGUACCAGUCUACAAGAUCUUUACGCAUCUGCACCGCUCGCUGCCACUUUCCUUCCAACGGCGUCGAUCUCCGAGCCCGGUGCAUCCUCAGCAGCAUCUGCGGUGGUAUCCGGGGAGCGUGAAGGGAAUACUGAAGCUGCAGGCAGCACAGGACGAAUCCUUCUACAGCCACCGACCGCUGAGGAGGUCGCUCGCUACUUCUCCCUCAUUACCCCCCUCAAGUAUUCGCAACCACACCAACCUCUGCCGUCUCCAUUCUCCCCGCCCCUGGAUGGGCUUACGCUUACUGCCUACAAUGCUGGGCAUACCGUUGGUGGAACAAUAUGGCACAUUCAGCACGGCAUGGAGUCCAUCGUAUAUGCAAUGGAUUGGAACCAGGCGCGUGAAGGCGUCGUGGCGGGUGCGGCGUGGUUCGGUGGAUCUGGAGCCAGUGGAACGGAAGUCAUUGAGCAGUUACGCAAGCCGACAGCCUUAAUUUGCAGUACCCAAGGUGGUGAUAAGUUUGCUCUUUCCGGUGGCCGGAAGAAGAGAGAUGAUCUUCUUCUUGACAUGAUUCGAAGUAGUCUUGCAAAGGGCGGCACUGUCCUCAUUCCGACCGAUACCAGUGCCCGAGUGCUCGAGCUUGCAUAUGCGCUGGAACAUUCUUGGCGUGAUGCAGCGGCGGGCGAGAAGGAGGAUGUAUUGAAAAGCGCGGGUCUUUACUUGGCUGGUCGGAAGGUCAACACCACCAUGCGCUUAGCUCGAAGUAUGCUCGAGUGGAUGGAUGAAAGUAUUAUCCGGGAGUUCGAAGCUGCUGAAGGUGCAGACGCAGCUACUAAUCAGCGGACUGGUGGACAGGGCCAGGAGAAAAGCAGCAAAGGUGUCGGGCCAUUCAAUUUCAAGCACCUUAAGACUGUUGAGCGCAAGAAGAGUCUCGAGAAACUCCUGUCGGAAAAGGGACCCAAAGUCAUCCUCGCAUCUGAUACAUCUUUAGCCUGGGGAUUCUCAAAGGAGUCUCUCCGUCGGGUCGCCGAGGACCCCAAUAAUCUGCUCCUGUUGACAGAGUCAUACCGCAAAUUGGCGCGUGAAGAAAAUUCGGAGUCCCCGUAUAAUAUAUCCCUUGGAAGUAUUAUAUGGCAGUGGUAUGAAGAAAGGCGCGACGGUGUGGCCCUUGAAGAAACUUCUGAUGGCGAGUUGCUUGAACAGGUUCAUAGUGGUGGGCGGGAGCUGGCCUGGACAGAGGUGCAGCGAGUACCUUUAGAUGCUAGCGAUCAACUGCUUUACCAGCAGUACCUUGCUACCAAGCGCCAGUUGCAGGACACUGCUCAAGUUCGAGGCGGUCAAGAAACCCUCGAAAACGCAGCAGAUGCUUUGGAUGAUGGGUCUAGCUCUACGUCUUCAGAAGACUCGGAUUCAGAACAGCAAGGUCGUGUCCUCAAUUUCUCGACCUCACUAGCCCACUCGAACCGAAACAAGUUGGCCGUCAGCGACGAAGACCUAGGCAUCAACAUCCUUUUACGACGGAAAAACGUCUUCGACUAUGACGUGCGUGGUAAAAAGGGACGGGAGCGCAUGUUCCCAUUUGUGGCGCCAAGGAAGAAGGGCGACGAAUAUGGAGAGUUCAUUCGUCCUGAAGAAUACCUACGUGCAGAGGAACGCGAGGAGAUAGACAUGCAACAACGACGAUCGGACGCACAAACGAAGCUUGGCCAAAAACGGCGGUGGGACGAGACCACGGGAACUGCCGGGCGAAGGCUAUCUGGUGGUGCUGCAGGUCGUAAGCGUCAACAAUUGUCCAAGGAUGGCCAACGAGUGGACUCAGGUGCAGGUGAUGACUUCAGUCUUGUAUCCGAUGGCGAUGUUGGUGAUGAUGCGGCGUCUUCCGAAGAUGAAGCAGAUGCCCAGCCGUUUGAAGGUCCUUCCAAGGCUGUUUACAGCAAAGAGACGAUCAUAAUCAACGCCAGAAUCGCCUUUGUUGAUUGCAUGGGUCUGCACGACAAGCGUAGCUUGGAGAUGCUCAUUCCGCUUAUCCAGCCACAGAAAUUGAUCCUUGUGGGUGGAAUUAAGGAAGAGACUGCGGCUCUGGCGGCCGAAUGCAAGAAACUCUUGGCGGCGAAGGCCGGCGUUGACGUCUCGGCUUCUGCAGCAGAUGCAGCAGCUAUCAUUUUCACACCCAGUAAUGGCGAAUCAAUCGAUGCAAGCGUUGACACCAAUGCCUGGAUGGUCAAACUGAGCAAUAACCUCGUCCGCCGCUUAAAUUGGCAGCAUGUCCGCAGCCUUGGUGUCGUUGCUCUGACUGCCCAGCUGCGGGGACCUGAAAUCUUCACCGAAGAAGGUGAUACCGAUGCUGAGGCAGUCAGUAAGAAAAUGAAGGUGAUUGAAGAUGUAGCAGCUGCUACAGCCGCCGUUCCGACCACAGAUAUUGUCGCAAGGAUUGGCGACAAGUCGGACGUGUUCCCUCUCCUUGACACCUUACCAGUUAGCAUGGCUGCAGGCACCAGGUCUGUGGCUCGACCACUCCAUGUCGGCGAUUUGCGUCUGGCUGAUCUCCGAAAGCUCAUGCAGGCCGCUGGCCACAUCGCGGAGUUCCGGGGCGAAGGAACUCUUCUCAUUGACAAAUCUGUGGCUGUCCGCAAAUCGGGGACCGGCAGGAUUGAGAUCGAGGCUUCAGCGCAGUCCGCUGCCAACCAGGCCACUAUGGGUCGCGGGGCGAGUAGUUUCCUCGCGGUCAAGAGGAAAAUCUACGAAGGACUAGCGGUUGUGGCAGGUAACUGA